ACCGGUGGGCCGCAGUUGUCUGUACAUUGUCGGUCAGCUGCUCACACAGAUUUCAAAAGAAACACACAGACAGCAGCGAAAUCAUAACACACUGACAAUAUUCUCGACUACACACGAAUGACCGAAACACGACACGUUACUUCACUGAAGACUGAACAACAGAUCGACGGUAUUGGUGUAGCCUCUUUUUUUUGAAAAAGACAAACAUUCAUAUUUGCAAUGGAGGAGCUUCAUGUCCAUUGCUUGAAAUGUGUGAACCGAAGAUGUAUGAUAAGACCGGAAGCUUGUGUGUCCUGUGACCUCAUGGGUUGCCCUCUUGUGUGCGGAGCAAUUUUCCACUCAUGCAAACUGAAAGAACACCGCUUACUGUGCCCGUAUGAAAGAGUCCCAUGUCUAAACCAUGGAUUCGGAUGUCCGUUUACCGUCCCCAGAGUUAAGAUGGCGAGGCACCUUGAAACGUGUCCAGCCAGCAUUGUGUGUUGCACUAUGGAAUGGAAUCGCUGGCCGGUGAGCUAUGCCGAUCGCAAGUCCUACGAGAAUUUGAGUAAGGAAGUUUUUGAUGUGGACCAGCUUGAUAUGGCUCUGGCUCUUCAGGAUCAACGUAUGCUGUUGGAAUCUCUGAAAGUGGCAACAACCUUGACGAAAACAGUGGAAGUGCAGAAUCAGGAAAAUAAAAUGAUGAACUCUGACCCAUGUGAAACAGAAUUGAUCGAAACAGAGGAGGAAGAAUACGCAGUCUCGGCGGAGAACAGUAGAGACUUUUCGGCCACUUUGGAAGUUCUUAAUAGUGCAAAGAAUAUCGACUUGAUUGUGGAAGAUCCCAAAGUUAAGGAGAGAAAUGGAGCUUGUGUAGGUGGCGAUGGGGACUUAAGGAAUGAAGAAAUGAAGGAAAGUGAUACAGACUCGGACUCUGAUCUGGGAGCUGUUGGUGGAGCCGACUGUCCUUUUCCAGUGGACACGGAGGAAGAAGGAGAUGAUUGGUUGGUGAACAUGUCUUCUGAGGAAGAGGAGGAAGGGAAUGGUGGGAUAGAACUUAAUGGACUCAAUGGACUCAAUGGAUUUCAUGAGGAAGGGGACGAAGACAACCGGAACAAUCUUGAAGAAGCAUCCUUAAAUGUCAGGCAGAUGUUGCCUUAUCAUUCCAUGCCUAUUGUAGCACGGGAGCCAGAAGUGGCUCAACUACCUCUUGCUUUGCCUAUCCCUUUGCCUAACUUGAUGCACAACAACAUCCUGCAACAUUUGCCUUUAAGGAUUGAAGACCGAUGGCUGGAGCGCAAGUUGGAGCACCUCCAGGCACUCAGGGGCGUGAACUUGUUUACACUCAAUGGGCGAAAGGCACUGUUGUACGACCCCUAUUUGUUCAAAGCCAAGAUGGAGGACAAGGCGGUUGACACGUCUGACCUUGAGGUGGCAGAUGAUCCAAUGGGCCUUAAUGGCAUUGACCUCAUCACGGCCGCCUUGCUCUUUUGUUUGGGUGACUCGCCUGGCGGUAGAAGCAUUUCAGACAGUCGCUUUGUUGAUAGGUAUCGCAUCGACUUGGGCACCCAGACCUUCUCCCUCCCUUCUGCCAUACUGGCCACCAGCACCAUGGUGGGCGACAUCGCCUCUGCGUCCGCCUGUGACCACGCCAGUCCACAACUAUCCAACCCCAGCCCGUUCCACAGCCUCAGACUGGACCUGGUCUUGGAGUGUGUCACUCGCUAUCAGACCAAACAGCGCUCUAUGUUCACCUUCGUGUGCGGACAGCUGUUUCGCAGGGACGAGUUCUCGUCCCAUUUUAAGAACGUCCACGGGGACAUCCACGCAGGUCUUAACGGAUGGAUGGAGCAGAGGUGCCCGCUGGCAUAUUACGGAUGCACGCACUCUCAGAGAAGAUUCUGCCCCUCGGUACAAGGUUCUAGAAUCAUCCAUGACAGACAUUUGGGCUCCUUUGGGGUCCAGCCUGGCUUAGUAGCUUGUCCAGAUGAACCGUUUGCAAGAAGCGCCUGUCAUUAUGGCUACCUCUGUGACCGUCUGAGCGACCUGCCUUUUGAAUUACUCCAACACAUUGCAGGCUUCCUCGAUGGCUUCAGCUUGUGCCAGCUGUCCCGGGUGUCAUGCACUAUGAGGAACGUGUGUGCCAGUUUGCUUCAGGCCCGUGGCAUGGUGGUCCUGCUCUGGGAGAAGACAAAGCGGGAUGACGGAACCUCAUCCUGGCUGGUACGAGACAAGGUGUGGAGAUUCAGCACCGCCUUUGACACUGUGAACGAGUGGAAGUUCGCCAACAUUUCCAGCAUGGCAGACCACCUGAAGACCUGCAAGUUUAACACAGUAGCACGCAGAGAAGACGCCAUACCUCUCCCGUGCAUGAGCUUCACGAGAGAACUCACGAAGGAGGGACGAUCUCUGCGCUCAGUGCUGAAACCAGUCAUAUAGACGCUCAGAAACGGACAGGAAUGCUGCUCAGAGGUUUUGAUUUGUUUAAUCAUACAUCAGAUGUGCUGAUAGACAUUCUACACGCCUUAUUUGUUCAAUAGAACAGCACUUUUUUAUGGCAAAGUAGAGAAAAGUCAAGCUGCAGCAUCAAGAAAAUAAACCACUUUUUGGAAGAGACGUUUUUCUAUUAAAUAAUAUAUUCAAAGUAUAUAUGAUGGUUUUUCUGUCUUGCAUAUUUUUCAAGGUUUUUUUACAAGUUUAUUUCUUCGUUUGAUUUGCAGCAUCAAACCAGAAACAAUGAAUCUUUGAAGCGAUGGAAACGACCAAAAGAAAACUGUUGGAUGUGUGUUUCUAAUGCAUGAAUUCAAGAUGCAUGUGUACUGUAUCUUGGGACUAUUGUCCAAAAUUCUGACAAGCAUUUAUGCCAUUUAGUUUCUUUAACAAUAUACCUGAUACUCACACGCAGCGAUUAUUCUGGUCUUUCCGUCUUUUGAAAAGCAACGUUGGCCGCCUUCACUGGUGCCAUUACGUUAAAUUACCUGCAAAAAAGACAUUUGUGUAAAUGUUGAUGAUGUCCUGUUCGACAAACUGCUUACAAUCGUCUCGAUUACGAGUCGCUGCACAUAAACCUGCAGGACGGGUGCGAGAACCUCUGAUGUAGCCUGUUAUGAUGUGUGGUCGCACAACAAUGCAUGUGGAGAUAUAUUUCUCAGUCUCUCAGGGGUUUGACAUGAAGCAUGUUCCGUUACACCAGUUUGUCUGUGAGACACAGAUCAUCGAUGGCAAUUUAUUACUUGAUAUUUCUCUUCCGACAUUGCCUGGGUUUACUGCAGGGAUGUCCAAACUUGCUUCCGGAGGGCCAGUGUCCUGCAGAGGUGAGCUCAAACACACUCACACAUCAAUGAUCUGAUUCAGGUGUGUUUUGUUAGAGACGCAGCUCUGUAAGACCGGUCUCCAGAAGGAGGACUAGACAGCCCGGUUUACGAUUGAAGAGUCCAGUUUUACCAUGUCUAUUCAGGUGUUUAGUUACUGUGUUUCGGUUUGGUGACAUCCUGAACUGUUGCAAUAUUUUAAUCUUUGCCUUGUUUGAUACCUUUUACACAACUUACUUUUGAGAACUUUUCACAAACGACUUCUGAUAUAAUUUCAUGAAACAUCCGAGUGAUCUCUUUUUAAAGACACCUGUCAGUGUGCACAAUGUCUCUUUGUUUUUUGGAGUGAUUGUUACUCAUGUUGUAUACUAUAUAUAAACAGGCUUGUAUGAGGGCACUUGGCUAUUUAGUGUUUUUGUUAUUUGUUUGAAAUGUUAAUUCACUCCAUGGUUUCCACUUUUUCUAAAAGAAAGUAUACAUUAUCCUGACACCUAUACAUGUCUAUGUUCAUUCUGUCAUCUUUUAUGCAUGCUAGUGUACAAAAGACUCUUUUGUAAAUAAGACGUUUGAUGUUCGUUUUGAUAAAGUUACAGUUUCAUAUGAAUUCUUAGUUGUAUUUUGUCAAGAUUCUAUAAUAAAUUGUGAGGAAAACCAA